AUGGUCGACCAAGAAUCGCUCAAAGCUCCCCCAGGGGAGGUAAUCAACGGCAUUGAGGGCGAGGUAGAUCAGAACACGUCCGACUCCCAAGUACUGGAAAGCCUCGGUUAUAAACCAGUCCUCAAGCGAAGCUACAAUCUUUUUCAUAACUUUGCCACAACAUUCGCUGCUCUCUACUUCGUCGGCGGAGUUCGCGUGACUUUCUCAACCGGUAUAGCAGCAGGCGGCAACUUGGCGUAUUGGACGAGCUUCCUGGUCACCUGCGUGUUUACAUUUAUCUCCGCCGCAGUUAUCGCCGAGAUUUGUUCAUCACUCCCAUUGGCUGGAUCCAUUUACCUCUGGGCUGCCGAGUCUGCUGGGCCAAAAUGGGGCAGGCUGUUUGGAUUCAUUGUUGCGUGGUGGAGUACUACGGCAUGGACGACUUUCUGUGCCAGCAACACCCAGGGAGCCGUUAACUACAUACUGUCUGAAAUCGUUGUCUUUGACCUCGACUUCCCCUCCGAUACGAGUAGUGUCAAGUUCAGAGCAGUUCAGUGGAUUUGCACUGAAGUUCUGCUUGCUGCAGCUGCUCUUUGGAAUCUGAUGCCGCCCCGUUACUUCAAGUGGAUUUUCACCCUGUCCACGGCCUGUGUCAUCCUAGACUUCUUAUUGAACAUGAUUUGGCUACCGAUAGCUACCAGCAAGACUAUUGGAUUUCGAUCAGCUCAUGACGCCUUCAUGACAACCUAUAAUGGAACCGGAGCUCCUGCCGGGUGGAAUUGGUGCCUAUCCUACCUUGCCACUGCCGGCAUUCUUAUCGGAUUUGACGCAUCAGGCCAUGUAGCCGAGGAGACCAAGAAUGCGUCGAUUUCUGCAGCAAGAGGUAUCUUCUGGAGUACAUUCGUCAGCGGUAUCGGUGGCUUUUCUGUUGUUAUCCUUUUCUUAUUCUGUGUUCCUGAUGCCGAUACGCUUUUUUCAUUCGGGGGUGCGCAGCCCUUCGUUCCGCUUUAUGCCGUCAUCCUCGGAGAUGGUGGGCAUAUCUUCAUGAAUGUUAUCUGCGUUGUGGCAUUGUGGUUUGUACGUAUCUCCAAGUCCAGCUUAAGCCCCCUGAAGUAA